UUGCCUGCUCUAUUCUGCCGUCUGAGUCUGGGGAUCGCGUCACAGCCUAUGAGAAGGACAGAACAUUGGAGAGAGAGAGAGUGACGCAAAUGUGUUGUCGAGCGGUGUGAGGGAUUAUUCCUACAUUAUCCAUUUAAUCGCUUUUCAAAGUCUAGGAGUCGUCAAUUAGGGUUAGGUAGUAGAUUUAGGUUCACUAUCAUCAUAGCCCAUCUAAAAGCGCACGGCACCACAUCCCAACGGUCGCUCUGCACCACAACGCGCUUCUGAUGAGCAGGGUCUUCCAUUCCAUCCUGAGUCCACCAACUGCCAGUUCAGUUGAGCAAACUCUGCAGAGGAGCGUCGGAAAUCGGAGUGGAUUUCGUUGGUUUUCUAUUAUUUAAACACCUGACUAAAUUCCACUAUUUGGAGAAAAACUCGGACAUCAUCCAACAUCAAUUCAGUUGGAUUUAAAGUUAUGGCACUAUCAGUGCUGCGCAGCAGUUUGCUUUUGCUAUGUGUGACAACUAUCCAUACUUGCCAUGGUGGCGGACAGAGGGCCAAGGUUCUGGACAGAGGUCUGACUGAUAGACAUCUGCCAAACAGCUUUGGUCCAGCUGCUGUAUGGUCUGCCACUGGAGAAGAAGAAAAAAGUGGAGAAGGGAUGAGAGAGGAGAGAGAGAGAGGCAUGGCAUCUACUAACAUGUUCCUUCAGAACUGCAUGGACAAACACCAGUUGGUUGGUGUUCUCCGUCAGAUGGAGAAGUUUCUGAAGGGACAGGAGAUGAGGUUCACAGAGGGACUACGCAUCAUGAAGUCCAAACUGGCAACCCUACAGAACUCUGUGUCCAAGCUACCGCAGGCCGAUCAGUCGGCUGCUCCGUCCGUUUGCCCCUCCCUGGACGCCCCUGUCCACGGGAGGAAGUUUGGCUCCAAGUAUUUCAUCAGUCAUGAGGUCCAUUUUACCUGUUCCCAUGGUUACCACCUGGUGGGCCCCGAGACACGUGUGUGUCAGGAGAACGGGAGUUGGAGCGGUGUCAACACCAUCUGUAAAGAUGUGAGUGAGUGCUCCAGUAACCCAUGCCAGAACGGAGGGACCUGUGUAGAGGGAGUAAACCAGUACAGGUGCACCUGUUCACAGAGCUGGAAUGGAUCCAACUGUCAGCACCAGACACAGACGGCCCCGCCCGAGUGGAGCGUCAUGAAUGACCCGGCGUUCAGCAGACGUCCCCGCUGUGCCAAAGUGGACCGCGCCCAACACUGCAGCUGCGAUGCUGGCUUUCACAUGAGUGGGACAUCUGACAACAGUAUCUGCCAGGAUGUAAAUGAGUGUGAGGUGUACCGGCUGGACCAGGGGGGCAAGCUGUGUGUGUACGAGUGUGUCAACAUACCAGGCUCCUACCACUGCUCCUGCCCCAGCCACUAUAAGCUGCUGCCUGAUGGUAGGAGCUGUGAGGAUGUGGAUGAGUGUCUGACCCAGCAGCACAACUGCAGUAGAGGAACAACAUGUAUCAACACUGGAGGAGGGUUCCAGUGUGUGAGCCCGGAGUGUCCCCGAUCACACGGCAACAUCAGCUACGUCAAGACGUCUCCCUUUCAGUGUGAGAGGAACCCCUGCCCUAUGGAGAGUCGUUCCUGUCACCUGGCUCCUAAGACGGUCUCCUUCCACUACAUCUCCCUCCCCUCCAACCUCCAGACCCCGGCAACCCUGUUCCGUAUGGCAACCGCAGCCGCCCCCGGCCGCCCCGGCCCCGAUAGCCUGAGAUUCGGCAUUGUCGGGGGCAACAGCCGCGGGAUGUUCGUGAUGCAAAGGUCGGACCGCCAGACGGGUGAAUUGAUCCUAGUUCAGAGGUUAAGAGGACCACAGGAUAUCAGUGUUGAUGUGGACAUGUCAGAGUAUAGUGAUCGCACCUUCCAGGCUAAGCAUGUGGCGAAGGUGCAUAUUCUGGUAUCAGCGUAUAACUUCUGAGGAGGAUGGACGGACAGAGGAACGAGUGAAAGGGACAGAGAGAGGAAGGGAGAAGAGGAACGAAGAAGGAGGAGAGAGGGAGAAGAAUGGAGAAAAGGAGGAGGAGAGAGGGAGAAGGACGGAGAGAGGGAGGAUGGCAGAGAGAGAGGGAGGAGGGCGGAGGGAGGAGAGAGGGAGAAGGACGGAGAGUGAAGGAGAGAGGGAGAAGGACGGAGAGAGGGAGGAGGAUGGAGAGAGGAGAGAGGGAUGAGGACAGAGAGAGGGAGAAGUUGGAAGGAAACGACAGAGCGGGAGGACAGAAUGGUUUGGACUGACGUCGAUUAUGAAGUAUAUGAGUGAGGAUGGUACUGAAAUUAAUGAAUGGUGUAUUGAGUGAGUUAAUUACUGAAUGAGUGAGUGGGUGAGUGAGUAAACAUUUGUAAAGCAAACUAACAGAGUGGUAAUGGAAUGGUAAUGAGGUUGCCAUGGUGACCGAAGGCUUUGUAUAUAUGCAAUGACAUUGUGUAGAUCAGUUUAAAGGCCCACUCUGUUCCUUUAAAGCUGUUUAUCAAAACGGCUGAAAAUAUCACAGAAUGGGCCUUUAAGAGUCAUGAACCCCAGAAUGCGUCCAAAGUGGCACCCUAUUCACUAUUAAAUAAACUACUUUUUCGUGCACUAUGUAGAGAAUGGGGUGCCAUUUGGGACGUAGACCCUUUAAAACAUGAAGCACUCACAUGGACCUGAUUUAUCAGAAUAUUGUUGUUGUUGUUUUUAUUUUGACACAGUCGGUGAUUCAAUGCAGUGUGAUGUUACCUUAUAUCAGGUACAGCUGUUUUUACUGGCUUGCUUUGUGAUUAUAGGACCAAAACUCUAAGAACAACUUAAGGCGGUUUGGAGUUAGUUUUUAACAAUAGCAUUGUACUUGGACGUAUUUCUAGUAUCAUAUUGGGCUAUUACAGGGUAACUACAGUGAUUUGGCAGCCUUGCCAAUGCAGUGUACAAUACCAUCUGAUGUUUUAAGGAGUCUUUAUUAUCGCACAUAACUAUUUCUCCUGAAAUAAAGACCGUCCUUCACUA